ACGAAGCAGCAGCCCCGGGCGCACGCCGGAGGCAUGGAGCGCUGCCCCAGCCUGGGGGUCACCCUCUACGCCCUGGUGGUGGUCCUGGGGCUGCGGGCGGCACCGGCCGGCGGCCAGCACUAUCUCCACAUCCGCCCGGCCCCCAGCGACAACCUGCCCCUGGUGGACCUCAUCGAACACCCGGACCCUAUCUUUGACCCCAAGGAGAAGGAUCUGAACGAGACGCUGCUGCGCUCGCUGCUUGGGGGCCACUACGACCCAGGCUUCAUGGCCACUUCGCCCCCCGAGGACCGGCCCGGCGGAGGCGGGGGGUCGGCCGGGAGUGCCGAGGACCUGGCCGAGCUGGACCAGCUGCUACGGCAGCGGCCGUCGGGGGCCAUGCCGAGCGAGAUCAAAGGGCUGGAGUUCUCUGAGGGCUUGGCCCCGGGCAAGAAGCAGCGCCUGAGCAAGAAGCUGCGGAGGAAGUUACAGAUGUGGCUGUGGUCGCAGACCUUCUGCCCGGUGCUGUACGCGUGGAACGACCUGGGCAGCCGCUUUUGGCCGCGCUACGUGAAGGUGGGCAGCUGCUUCAGUAAGCGCUCGUGCUCCGUGCCCGAGGGCAUGGUGUGCAAGCCGUCCAAGUCCGUGCACCUCACAGUGCUGCGGUGGCGCUGUCAGCGGCGCGGGGGCCAGCGCUGCGGCUGGAUUCCCAUCCAGUACCCCAUCAUUUCCGAGUGCAAGUGCUCGUGCUAGGACUCGGGGCCCCCUGCCCGCACCCGGACACUUGAUCGAUCCUCACCGACGCCCCCCGCACCGUUUCCAACCGGUUCCACCACCCUCUCGCGAGGGGGAUUCAAUGAACUUUUUUUUUUUUUUUUUUUUUUUUUGGCUACAGAGACCUAGCUUUCUGGUUCAUGUAAUGCACUGUUUAACUGUGUAGGAAUGUAUAUCUGUGUGUAUAUACGGUCCCAGUUUUAAUUUACUUAUUAAAAGGUCAGUAUUAUACGUUAAAAGUUACCGGCUUCUACUGUAUUUUUAAAAAAAAAUAAGCAAAAGGAAAAAAAAGAACAGAGAAAAGAGAGACUUAUUCUGGUUGUUGCUAAUAAUGUUAACCUGCUAUUUAUAUUCCAGGGCCCUUCGCAUGGCGAAGCAGGGGGGAAAAGUUAUUUUUUUUUCUUAAAGUACAAAGAGAGGGGAGAAGUUUUGUAGAAGGACUUUUAAAAAGCUAUUUUCCAUUCUUCGGAAAGUGUUUUUGGUUUUCCUUGGACCUCGAAGAAGUAUAGAGUUCAAUGUUAUUUUACAGUUAUUGUAAAUAUAGAGAACAAAUGGAAUGACUAAUCAUUGUAAAUUAAGAGUAUCUGCUAUUUAUUCUUUAUAAUAUCCCGUGUAGUAAAUGAGAAAGAAGUGCAGAGCAGGAUUAAAGAAAACCACUAAAAUCGACUGGCUCCACA